GUUACUGCUUCCAUUGUUUAUCAUGUUAUUGUUCGUUGUGUAGGCUCAAUAUUCGCUUUAUUAGCGAUAAUCUAUUGAAUAUAUCGUUGAAAGAAGUGGCACGCGAUCAAUAGGCACCCGUUUGCUAAUGAAUCACCGAAACACAACCGAGGAUGUUGCAAGUGGGCAAUGAAUACAAUUCGUUUGAUGAACUGAACGAUGCAAUCAGAGACUAUUCUGAACAGCACAGCGUACUCUUUGUCAAAGAUGAUUGCAAGAAAGUAGCAUCAGAAAAUGCGAAACUUGGACCAAACACAACCAAGUACCCCGAUCGUUUCGUGUACAGAUUUGUGCGGUUCAGGUGCAAACAUGGUGGAGACGUCAGGACAAACGGAAGAGGAACUCGCCCGAAUCAGAGGUCUUUUAAGACGGAAUGCCCAUCUGAGUUGUCGGUCAGUGCUAACAGGAAGAAAGAUAAAAUGGUUGUGCUCAAGUUCGUGGACGAACACAACCAUGAAAUUAGUCGGUAA